CAAACCUCGCUCCGCCUGUAGUCAAGCUAACGGAUGGCAAGACAAACACCGGAAGUCCAGAGACGAAACCUUCAAAAAGCUGACACAAUGGCGUUAGUGGUCCCGUUCAUUAUUGGUUUCCUCCGAAUAACACGCCGGUUAAGGCCUGAAUUGGUGCGAGGCUGAGCCACGGGGGUGUGGGGAUAGCUGAAACCCGGAGCCAUCAAUGUGGACUUCAGCUGGUGAUUUGACAAGUCUCGUAUAGGAGCAUCCCGAGUCUCUCCUUCCCCCUCUCCCCCUCCCUUUCCCUCUAUCCCUCCCUCCCCUGUUCCCUUGUCAAUCUCCUCCCUGAUCCCCCUUUCCCCCUUCUCCAAGCUUCACCAUGCUCAUCAAGGAGUACCGCAUCCCCAUGCCCAUGAGUGUGGAGGAGUACCGCAUCGCCCAGCUUUAUAUGAUACAGAAGAAGAGCAGAGAAGAGAGCUGUGGUGAAGGCAGUGGGGUGGAGAUCCUAGAAAACAAGCCGUAUACAGAUGGACCGGGCGGGACCGGCCAGUACACCCACAAGGUCUACCAUAUUGGCAUGCACAUUCCCAGCUGGUUCCGCUCCAUCUUGCCCAAAGCGGCACUGAGGGUUGAAGAGGAGUCCUGGAACGCCUACCCUUACACCCGCACCAGAUACACUUGUCCCUUUGUGGAGAAGUUCUCCAUUGACAUUGAGACAUACUACAAGCCCGACACUGGCAACCAGGCAGAUGUCUUCAACAUGUCAGCAGCAGAGAAAAGACAGAGGACUAUUGACCCAAUUGACAUAGUGACAGAUCCCAUCCCCCCUCAUGAGUACAAAUCAGAGGAAGACCCGAGGCUUUACAAGUCAGCCAAGACCCAGAGGGGUCCUCUGCGGGACGACUGGAUAGAAGAGUACAACAAUAACCCAGGCAAGACCCCCAUCAUGUGUGCCUACAAGCUCUGUAAGGUGGAGUUCCGCUACUGGGGCAUGCAGUCAAAGAUUGAACGCUUUAUUCAUGAUGUUGGCUUAAGAAAGGUGAUGGUGCGUGCCCACCGGCAGGCCUGGUGCUGGCAGGAUGAGUGGUAUGGUCUGACCAUAGAAGACAUCAGGCAGCUGGAGCUGGAAACCCAGGUGGCCCUGGCCAGGAAGAUGGCUCAGUUUAGCCAGGCGGAGGAGGCCACCGAGGCCAACGGAGGCACACAGUCUCCAGACAAAGACCAGGAGGUUAAAGAGGCAAUCAGCUGUAUUGAAGCUGAAGCAGUCAUUCCCAGCUCAGGAGGAGAAACUCUGCAGCCACGAGGUAUACUUACCAAGCAGUGGUCCACCUCCUCCCGAUCCUCCCGAUCAUCCAAGAGAGGAGUGAGCCCAUCACGUCACAGCAUCUCCGAGUGGAGGAUGCAGAGCAUUGCACGAGACUCGGACGACAGCUCGGACGAGGAGUUCUUCGAUGCUCACGAGGAUCUCUCUGAUGGAGAGGAGGUCUUCCCGAAAGAGAUUGCCAAGUGGAACUCCAAUGACCUCAUGGACAAGAUCGAAGCUGCAGAAACGGAGGAAACUCCUGGUGAGCUGUUCAAGGAAAUGACUGUUGAUUAUGAAAGAGCAACCAGCGAGGAAAGAUUAGAUGAGAUGCGUGGCUGUCUUAGCGGCCAAGCCGAUAGCUCUCCCAUUCCCACCAUCACGGUAACAAGGCACCAGUCAGAGAACUCUUCCCAGCAGUGUCUGCAGCCCUCCAAGAUCCAUGUGCUCAUCUUGGUCUUGCACGGAGGGAACAUCCUGGACACAGGAGGAGGCGACCAGAACAGCAAGCAGGCCGACGUCAACACAAUCAGUACGGCUUUCGACACAGUCAUGCGUGUUCACUAUCCUGCAGCGCUGGGACGCAUCGCCAUCCGCUUGGUGCCCUGCCCUGCCAUCUGUGCCGACGCCUUCUCCCUAGUGUCCAACCUGAGCCCUUACAGCUACGAUGAAGGUUGUCUGUCCAGCAGCCAGGACCACAUCCCGCUGGCAGCCCUGCCUCUCCUCGCCACCUCUUCGCCACAGUACCAGGACGCUGUGGCCACCGUCAUCUUCCGAGCCAACCAGGUGUAUACGGACUUCAUAAAAUCUCUGGACGGUUCUUCUUUCUCCGGCCAGGUUUGCCUCAUUGGGGACUGUGUGGGAGGAAUCUUGGGCUUUGAUGCUCUGUGCAGCAGCAAUCAAACAGUAAAUGAGAGCCAGAACAGCAGUCGCAGGGGCAGUGUCAUUAGCGUACAGGACCAGGAUCUUUUAUCUCCUGGCAUCAUUGUCAACAGCGGACACGGAUCAGCGUCUCCAACCUUGGAGGGCAGCCGCCACCUCAGUCGCAGCAACAUCGAUAUCCCACGUACCAGCGCAGGCGACGACACCAAGAGACAGCUGCCUCGCAAGAGGAGCGACUCCUCCACCUACGAGCUGGACACCAUAAAGCAGCACCAGGCUUUCCUGUCCAGCUUACAUUCCAGUGUCCUGCGGAACGACACAGCUUCCCGAAGGUCGAGCAGCAGCACCAUGCUAGAUGGAGGCUCCCUGGGGAAAUUUGACUUCGAAGUGUCUGACUUUUUCCUCUUUGGCUCUCCGCUUGGCUUGGUACUCGCCCUGAGAAAGACUGUGAUCCCUAUGUUAGAUGUGGCCCAGCUACGACCUGCCUGUCAGCAGGUUUAUAAUCUGUUCCACCCUGCUGAUCCUUCAGCCUCCCGCCUCGAACCUCUGCUGGAGCGGAAAUUUCACCUCCUCCCUCCGUUCAGCGUGCCCCGUUACCAACGCUUUCCCCUGGGAGAUGGAAACUCCGCCCUGCUGGUGGAGACAGUCCAGAGCAACGCUCAGCUGCUGCUUGACAGCGGGCCUCCCCUGUCCCUUCGCUGUCAGGAGACCAUCAGUGAGACCUGCAUCCCUGUACCUGUGCUAAACUGGCAGGAGGGCUCCCUCAAAGCCACACCCGCCACUAUGGAGUCGGAUGUUGUUCAGUCUCAUGGUGGUGUCUUCAUGGACAGUUCGUACCCCUCAUCCCCCGUAACGGGCCCCCUCUCCCGGGGCCAGCGGAGGGCCAGUGAGGUCAGCAUUGCCAGCCAGGUCUCAGGAAUGGCAGACAGUUACACUGCCACCAACAUAGCCAACACUGAAUCAAACCAGGUUAACCAAUCCAAAAAAUACAGUCUUUUGUCCCUACUCGCCCUAUCAUCACAAAACAAAUUCUUCCUGAAAACUCCUCCCACGUCCCGUAAGGAAACAAAGGCUUGCCAGGCCGCAGGAUCUUCUGAUGCAUGUGUAGCGGCAGAGUUGGACGAUGAGGCAGACUCUAGUGAAUCUCUAAGUCCCACCAGCCAGUACGAGAACUACCGGGCAGGGCUGGACUAUGCUAUAUCUGAUCUGGUCUCACUGGACUCCCAGGCUGAAGUGGACCAAGUUGCAGCACGCUGGUGGGGCACAAAGCGGCUGGACUUUGCCCUGUACUGCCCCGAUGCCCUAACAGCUUUCCCCACAGUGGCUUUACCGCACCUGUUCCACGCAUCAUACUGGGAGUCUACUGAUGUUGUGUCUUUUCUCCUGAGGCAGGUCAUGAGGCACGAAAACUCAAGCAUUCUGGAGCUCGAUGGAAAAGAAGUGUCUGAAUUCACCCCCUCUAAACCUCGAGAAAAGUGGCUCCGCAAGAGGACUCACGUGAAGAUCAGGAAUGUGACCGCCAACCACAGAGUGAACGACGCCGUCUUCACCGAAGACGGCCAGCAGGUCUUGACAGGCCGCUUCAUGUACGGCCCCCUGGACAUGGUCACUUUGGCCGGAGAGAAGGUCGAUCUCCACAUCAUGACCCAGCCACCAUCGGGAGAAUGGGUGUACUUCAACACCGAGGUGACCAACAGCAGCGGGCGCGUGUCUUUUGUCAUCCCAGAGGACAAGCGUCUGGGAAUCGGAGUGUACCCAGUUAAAAUGGUGGUCAGGGGUGACCACACGUUCGCUGACAGCUACCUGACAGUUGUUCCACGUAGCACGGAGUUCGUAGUGUUCAGCAUUGAUGGUUCAUUUGCUGCCAGCGUUUCGAUCAUGGGCAGUGAUCCCAAAGUGCGAGCUGGAGCUGUAGAUGUUGUCAGGCACUGGCAGGAUUUAGGCUAUCUGAUCAUCUACGUGACCGGACGGCCAGACAUGCAGAAGCAACGGGUAGUGGCCUGGUUGUCUCAGCACAACUUCCCUCAUGGCAUUGUCUCCUUUUGCGACGGCCUGGUCCACGACCCACUCAGGCACAAGGCUAACUUCCUCAAGUCUUUGACAGAGGCACACAUGAAGAUUUUUGCCGGCUAUGGAUCAACCAAAGACAUCUCAGUCUACACCUCCAUUGGCCUCCCUUCUUCUCAAAUAUAUAUUGUUGGCAGACCUUCUAAGAAGAUGCAGCACCAGUGCCAGUUCAUCACAGAAGGAUACGCAGCUCAUCUGUCCCAGCUGGAGUACAACCAUCGCUCUCGGCCAGCCAAGACCACCAGUGCACGCAUGGUGCUACGCAAAGGCAGCUUUGGCUUGGGAGCAAACAGUGACUUCUUGAGGAAGAGGAACCAUCUGUUACGCACCAUCUCCUCUCAGAGCCCCAGCUCUCCAACGGGCAGCAUCCACAACAGGCCGGAGCGCACGCAGAGCCAAUCAGACAGCGAGCGGCUGGAGCGGGAGCGGCUGGAGCGCGCUCACAGCCAUGGCCAGGGAGGGCCCAGCGCAGCAUGAGCAUCACGGCCAGCUGCUGGGGCCGCAGCAGCAGCACCAAGCUGGAGCCAGGAGUUUUCAGCUCAAAAUGAGACUGGAGACAUGAUGCGGGGUUCGGGAGGGACGAGACUUAAAAAUGCAGUACUGAGGAAGAGAUGCAAAGUGAUGUGAAUAUAAACGUAAACAGUGGAAAGCAGCUGGCUUCUUGCACCAGAUAGGUAAAAUACCAUAAGGAAAAAAAUCAGGUGCUACAAAUCACUCUUCAUAAAAACUAACACCAGUCACAUUCAGCACAGAUAUUUAUGGGCAGAGCGUGAGGCAACAUUCAUGAUAACACAGACCAACAUUUCAAGAAGUGUUGCCCCAAGGCGGGAAAGUGCACACAACCAAAUAAAGCUAAUAUUGUAGGGAUCCAGGCUGUUUGUACUGUUUAGUAAAUAUUUAUUAGUCUUGAAUACAAGGUCAGUUUUGCUCCAGCACAUGGAGACAGUUACACACACACACACACACACACACACACACACACACACACACACACACACACACACACACACACACACACACACACACACACACGCAAGCAUGCACCACGCAAACAACACAGUUGUUACAGUAGCCACUGUAACCAACUAACGUGACCAAUGCAAGCACAACAACAACUACAGAGAUGAACUUUGUUUAUAGCAGUUUUAAAGCUGCGUCCUUUUUAACACGAUGAUCAGGUACGUUCCAGUCAGAGAGCGGAGCUGAGAAUCAGGUGAAGCUAAUUCGCCAAUUUAGUGUAAACACGGAAACAAUCAAGAAGCCAAAAUGAAUCUUUGUUAGAUUUCUUUUCUUUUUUCAAGAAACACAGAACAGAACAUCUUUACGGUCCAGUUCAGCUUGUUUUCUGGUCGCCCCUUAGACACAACGAAUCAUGUAACACAACACGAAGCAAGGCGCGUAAUUACCCUUUAACUGUGGCUGCAGCUGAAACUGUUCUUGGGUUUUAUUGCAUCUCACACUUCACUUUAUGCCAUCGCUGCCGUACCCUCCUGAAUGAGUAACGUGCAGCUCCGCUAUAGGGAAAAGCAGUACUGUAAGGGAAAGUGCCAAAGUGAAGCAGUGCUGAAGGAUAAGCCGUCUGUGGAUGCAGAGGAAAGGAGGGAUCUCCUGUGUAAAAACAGAAACAUAAUAAAUGGGUUAGUUUGUGUAAGUAUGUAGUUGAAUGCCUAAACAAGGCUUGUACAUAAUUGUUACAUUACAGUGCAGAUCUGGUAUCUGGUCCACUGAAGACCAGUUUCAAGUGUCUUCUUUACUCUGGGGGUAAACACCACCUCAUUCAGGAUAUACUUUAAUGAUUGAUAAUACUUGUUGUUAUUUAAGACUAUAGAAAUUUUAAAAUGUAAGGAUUUUUUCGUGAACAAAAUGUGUUUUAAGAUUACUUUAGCUAUGUUGUGUUUUUUUUCCUCCUCUCUCCUUCAAAGUUCAGUUGCAGCAGCCAAACCUCAGAGGUCUUUGCCUGGCACAGUGUUGUAUUUCUAUUAUUUUAUCUCUCAGAUCACCAGAGUUGUAUCAACAGAACUUGUGUCAAAAUAUUGUUUUGGUUUUUUGUUUUCGUUAUGAACUUUUUUGGGGGGAAAUUCAGGAUAUGGCUUCUCUCUCUCUGGUUUAUCCCCGAGCUGUAAAAUGAGGUGUUGAAUGUUCUCAUAGAUAAUCCUCCUUAGGUUAAGGUCUCUUUCUCUGUGUUGCUGCGCCUUUAGGAAAAGAAAUGUGCAAAUUGUAACUCCUGUACAAUACGCUGUUGAAAGUAGCAACACAGAGCUAAGAUUUUGCUUUGAUACCGUUGGCCAUUUAUUUUCUAAAGCUGGUUUAAAGACAAAAUUGUGAUUUAAUCAUUUAAAUAACAUUUAUUUGUACCUCUAGUAAUCAUGUACAGACAGAGCUGACAGCAGUGGACCAAUAUGGGCUCAGACACGAGGGGGAAACGUGCAAUAUUCCCGAGUAGCACCACCAGAUCUUACAGACUGUUGAGGAAACACGUCACAGUGCAUUGACAAUCAGGUGAACAGGCACAUGGUCUACAGACGUCAAAUUGCAGAGGGUAACUCACCUUAAAACGGCACUGCCCAAAUUAUGGCAGUCGGGUUUUCUCCUGCAGAGAGACACGCUGUUUUGUUGUGAUGUUUCCAUUUUAGAAUAUGGGCAUCCAGACAGACACACUUAAUAUUUGCAUAUUUUAAAAAGAAGUCAGUCUGGUAACAAAACAAAUGGUUUACAUAAGUGCAAUGAACAGCACGUUUACAGAUGAGGUAACCUUCAGUUUGCGUUGGCCCUCUUCAGAGGUGUCAUUUUAAAAUUAGCGGUCCUUUUAGAGGCUUCACUUUGUGAUGCAGUAGAAUUGUAUUGUGCUGAGAUGUGUUUCUAAAUAUUUCAUCCACUUCUCAUUUCAAUAGACGACAUAAGACAUCCUAGAUCAAAGGCACCUGUAACCUCUUUAAUCAGCACUGAUUUUAUUUUGUAUUUUUGUCAGCUGGUUGAGGAGAGUGACUCAUGCUGUACUUCUGUCCCUCUGCAUUUUGACCUUGACAAGAAUCGGCUUAAAGCCAUAACUCUUU